CGCUGUCCGAUGCUGUUCCAGCCUGCCACGAUACAUUGUCGUCAGGCCGCCUCGCCUAUCUUUCCCCGGCCACAACACUUUCCGCCCAGUCAUUCCUCUCGUCCUUCCCUACGCGCAACACCGCGAAUGGGGCGCUCCUGAUCUGAACCUCCUUCCGACAUCCUUCGCGAUCCGCUUGCGAUCUUGCCGGACAACUUUCUCUCACCACACCCCUGCCAGCAAUUCGAUUGCCGGUCUAGCAACACAUCAUGGUCGGCAAGAAAUCGGGAAAGGCUCUCCUUCGGGAUGAGGGCCUGGAGCGGACCGAUAACAAUAUGGAACUGUCAAGCUGGCCGCAAAUCCCUCCCAUCAAUCAGAAAAACUACUACACUGACUAUCUCAAGCGAGAUGAUCAGUACCUGGCAUUCAGACUACAGAACGAAGAAGCUCGAAACCGGAUGGCAAAAACCGCCAAAGACCGUGAUCGUGCCCUAGCCAUGGCAAAGGCCAACGACCUGGGACUACCCGAAGCGGACGCGGAAGACGGCGAUACCAACAUGGAGGAUGCUGAUGAGAGUACCGCGGAAACGCUAGGCUCAAAGGUUAUUGUCAUCCACAUUGGCAGUCAAAACCUGCGGAUCGGAUUGGCUAGCGAUGCCUUACCCAAGACUGUGCCUAUGGUGAUCGCUCGGAAGGCCGCUACCAGUGAAUCGGAAGAGCACGAGGAGGAGCCUUGUCCCAAGCGGUUAAAGAUGGACGAUGGCUCGGAUAUGGAACCAGAGAAGAUGUUCGGUCCUGAGUUUUCCUCACAGUAUACGACGAUGAUGGCGGACCUCAAAUCCCAUAUGCGACAGAACAAGCGUCGGACUCUGCCAAACUCCAAGGAAAUGGUGAUCAAUUUCAACCGGAGGACAGUCCCAGAGACUAUCUCAGAGCACAAUGACCCCAUGCGCGUUGAGUGGACAGAAAUUCCAGACCCAGCACCCGAAUACAUCGUGGGACAAGCGGCCUUGAGGAUACCCGAUGCCUCAAAGCCUCGCUACAAGCUUUACUGGCCGAUCAAACAUGGUUGGUGCAAUGAGCGAGACUACAAUAACAAACGACUGCUCUUUCUUGACAUCUCCCUCAUCCUGGAGGACGCUUUCAAGACUCAACUGGGACUUACUAGCAAGAAGGAGUGGCCCCAGUACUCCUGCGUCUUUGUUAUCCCUGAUAUCUACGAAAAAUCCUACGUUACUCAGGUGCUUGAGUUGCUCAUGAGGGAGUUUGCCUUUGCCCGCGUCUGCUUCAUCCAGGAGAGUCUGGCCGCUACAUUUGGCGCCGGGUUCACCUCCGCUUGCGUCGUCGAUAUCGGUGCCCAAAAGACCUCGAUAUGCUGUGUCGAGGAAGGCAUGUGCAUUGAGAACUCACGUGUGAAUCUCAAAUACGGUGGAUUGGACGUGACAGAGACGUUUGUUAAGAUGAUGCUUUACGAUAACUUUCCCUACGCUGAUAUCAACCUAUGGCGCCGGUAUGACUACCUGUUAGCAGAGGAACUGAAGAAGAACGUUUGCACCAUGAAUGAAUCCAGUGUAUCGGUGCAGGUUUUUGAUUUCCACCUUCGUGUCGCCGGCCAAGAUACCCGGAAGUACUCUUUCAAGGCUUACGACGAGGUACAUCUCGCCCCAAUGGGCUACUUCCAGCCGUCCAUCUUCGACCACUCCCAGAAGCUCAAGGGGCGGCGGAAGUUAAUCGCCCGGUCGGUCGAUAUUUACGAUGGGCAGCCGAACGACCCAACUUCGACUGCACAGUUGCAUAUUCUGUCUAGCAUUGCUCCCCCGUCCACCAACGGUCAGGUGAAUGGCGACAUGCAAUCGAACCAUCUGGACGUACAGGCUACACCAAGUCGGGCUCAGCAAUUCAAUGCUCUUAGUCGCGUGCAAGAUCUCGACGCCACCUCUCGAUCAUCGGUCGCCGGAUCCCCUGUUCCGGAGGCAGUAGGCACCCCUCUAGCCGGCGCUGCUACCCCUGUUCCGGGCGGACAAGGCCAGCACACGUCGCAACCCCGUGCGCCCACGGUUGAAGAACGAGACGACAUCCUGCCAGUAUACCCGUUGGAUAAUGCGAUCUUGACCUCCAUCGCUCAGGCUGCUCGAUCGGAUGAGCGUAAAAUGCGCGACUUCCUCGGCGGUAUCAUGGUUGUUGGAGGCGGGAGCUUGGUGAAUGGGUUCCACUCAUUCCUGGAGGAGCGUCUACAGGUUCUUCGACCGGCCUUCGCCAAGGAGAUUAUGAUCGGCACGCCCCCGAGAGACCUCGACCCGCAAGUCGUUGUCUGGAAGGGCGCGAGUGUCUUUGGCAAGCUGAGCGGAACGAAUGACAGCUGGAUCGGGCAGCUGGAAUACGACAGACUGGGCCAUAGGCUCAUGGCGUACAAGUGCAUGUGGGCCUACUGAUGCUGAUGUCUUUAUCGAUCUCUUUUGGUAUUUUUACGCUUGAAAGAUGGUGUUGGUUGAUCCGGGAACUCGUUGUGACUAUUCUGUAAUUCUAUGAAUCUUUGGCUAGCUUUCUUCAUGCAUGUCCUGCGGCCUAGAGUGACAGGCAACCAGCCAUAUGAAUAAUGACAGUGAAUUGUGA